CAACAGUUUCGGAUUAUGGUGGAGAGCAGGAAGUCUUUUGGUGUCAAGACUCAACAACAGCUGUUCCAACAGGAGAAACAAAUCCAUGCCUUGAAGCAAGAGCAUGACGAGAUCAAUUUACUGCUGAAUCUCACAAAGUCACCCCGGAACCUUUUCAUGGACGACCAGAAUUGCAUGGAGCUUAAAUUCCUUUUGCAGACCAAAGAUGAGUAUGAAGCUCUCAUCAGAGCUACCAAGGCCUUGAUUGCUGAACUGGAUGACAAGAUCACGGAACUGGAAAACAAGAUUAAAAAGCAAAAAGUUUUUGUGAUCAAACUGCGGCAGGAGUUUGACGGGAAGUGGCUCCAGAAACAGAUCCAGUUGCUGGACAACCGUCUCAAUCAUGUGACAGUUUAUUUUGACACCGUUCUGACCACCAACGCCAAGCUCCGCGAGGAGAUAGAGAACCUUCAGUGCCAGAAGUCCAUCUUUGACAACAUCUACUCCCGGCUUCACAAGAAACUGGAGCAACAGAGGAAGACAAUGGAUGUGUCCAUUGAGCAGUCCACCCAAGCCUAUGAGCAAAGGGUUGAAGCCCUUGCAAGGAUCUCUGCUAUGAAAGAACGGCGCUGCAAAGACAUUGCACAGUUCAACAUUGAGUUUCGAGAGCUGGAACGGAUCUACAACCAUGAGACCAAGCUGAAGGCCUUCAUGUUCAUCAAAUUGGUGGACCGCUCGGAAUUUGAGGAGCAAGCCCAAAAGGAAGAAGCUCUCAAGGCGAGGAAGCGUGCCAAGACCAAAGGGGAGAGCUUUGAGAGCUAUGAGGUGGCCUACAUGCGGCUGCUGAAACUGACUGAGAACGGCGACAUUGACCAGCUGGUGGAGGAUUUCAUUGAGAAAGAAGAGAAGAAUUUUGCCUACUUCAGCUAUGUCACAGAGCUGAACAAUGACAUGGAAAGGCUGCAGAAGAGGAUUGAAGACAUCCAGAAUGAAAUCAGCAAGCUGAAAUCCGAGCAGAAGAAGGUCGAAGACAUCACUCACGGCAGCCUGAAGGAACUGGAGGAGAAACUGCAAAAGACCACUGAAGAUGCCAACCUGUAUGAGUACAAGCUGAAAGAGAGCAGCAAGAUCCUCGACCAGCUGAAGCAAGCAGUAGACUUUUUGUUCAGGCAAACAGGCUGCGAUGCCACCAAGAUCAGGGAGCACCUGGGCGAGACGGGGGAGAUCACAGACCAGAACCUGAUGCAGUAUUUCAGCAUAGUGGAGAAGAAAAGCAAUGACCUCCUGCUGAUCGAAUCUUUCUUGCGCUAUAAGGAGGUGGAGGGGGAACUGGACUCGGUCCCCAUGCUGAACCCCUUUUUGGGUGGCUCCGCCUUACUGAAAAAGCUGGAUGCCAUUAAAGUAACUCCGCCAUCCCCCAGUGCAGACCCCUUUGCAGAUGCUUUGGAACCCGUGGGGGGUCCACUGGACCACAGCAGCCUGCGUGCCAUGGUCCUGGAGAAUCUGGAGAAGGAGAAAUCCCGAAAGAGCUCUGUUGAGAGAAUGGAUAGCAGCCGGGACAAGAAGAAGCCAUCCUUAGCGUAGAA